GCCCCACGUCGGGACCGGGGUCGGCUGGGGCUUCGCCUGCGGGGCGGCGGGGACCCGGCGCGUUUGCUCGGGGUGAUGGCUUUGCGGGGAGUGGCUAUUAGCCGGCGCUUGCCCCACUUUAAGGCGUAGGAGCCCAGGCUUCGGGAAUUUUCUGCCCCGGAGACACCCAGGUGUGCCGCUGAGCCCUCUGUGCCCAGAUUUGCGGGUCUGGCGUGUUUCAAGGCUUGAUGUCACGGGUGACAAAUGGCCGUGGUAAUCGGGAGCCCCCGAACCGCCCGCCAGGCUGACGGUAGCGGGGUCUGGGUCUGGGGGUAGGACUGGGAAGACGAAGCGUGACAGAUCCUAUUUGGAUAUUUCUCUGAAGUUAGGGUUCUGUUCAAGUCUACCGGCUCUAGAACACAGUUUUAGGACUUCGUGAUAGAAGAGGUUUGGGGUAGCCUGGUUUGAUGAAGAAUGUUUGGGGUCACCUAGCCAUUCCCAUCCCUCCUGGCAUGUUCAUUUCUUGUGUCACAAAUGCAUGACACGAAUGAUUCAGUGAUAGGAAAGAAGUUAGGAACAGCAUUUAGCGCAGACCUGAGCCCAAGAUUGAGACGUUUCCAGAUGAGCGAAGGUGUAGAAAGGAAAAUAAUCUUUUUGUAGUCAGGGUUGGCAGAUUGGGGGAAUUGGCUCUUUGGUUGAAAACAUCAGCCCCAACCACUACUUCAGUUUGUGUAACCCGAUGUAUAUCAAGGAUCGAGUGGUCAGCGUGGCCAUGGGUGCCGUUCCUCAAUUGUGUAAGGUUAGGAUUUUCAUAAAUGACAUUUUCAGCGAAGCAUUACUAGCGACAGAAAUCCUAGGGUGAAUCCUUCUCUGCGUCUCUCUCGUGUCUUUUGGAUUUUGAUAUUUGGGGUUUAUUUGAAUUGGAAUGCACACAUUAUUUCGAUCUGGCUUUCCCUCAGAGAUAAUCCUGAGUCAUGCUUUAGAGAAGUUCCUGCCAUCAUCAGAGCUCAGACGUCUGUCUGGUGGUCUCUGCAGAAGCUGGAUCCUCCUCCUUACUGGUGGUUCUCUUUUCUGGACCUCUGGGGAAAAGAAGGACCUAGUGGCGACGGAAAACAGAUUAAGAAGCGUUUUCCUCCGUAUUUGUUGUUUCCGUGUAAAUGCUCUAAGUUACUUGUGUUCACACUCUCUGAUUUCUCAAUUUACCACAGAAAAUUAGUUGAUGCUACUGCCACUAGUAUUUUUCCACUUGUAUAAUACUUACCUGUUUACAAGUGCCUUUGUAUUAAUGAUCUCACUUAUUUUCUCCAUUUCCCUAAAGAAGAAGGUGCGUGUAGACAGUGAUUUACCUAGCGUCUCAUAAUUAGUAAUGGGGCACUAUUGAAAUACAGGUCUCUGCUGGUAAGUCCAGUUCUCUUGCUUCUGUGUUCACCUUGCAGGGUAAUGCGGAUCCUGAUCUGUUGGUUACCUUGUAGGUCAGUUUUUGCCUUUGUGGUUGUGCCUAACAUGGUGUAAUUCCUUUUAGGAAGUCGAUAUUAUCCUGCUUCUUCAUCUCGAAGAAACUUAGAGUAGGGAAUUUUAUGAUUCUGUGACUGGGGUGGCUCAGCUAUCUAGUAUUAAGGCCACUUUUUUUUUUUAUCUAGAGCUGCUUUCUUCUAGACCACAGGGUUGAUAGAGGAGAGAGAAAAAUGAAUUCGUUUUAGAAAAAUAUCCAUUUCUGCAGUGGUAUGGCUAUGGAUAACUUAACACUCUAAUCACAUUCUCCUUGUGCUUCUGGCUACUCGAGCUGGCCUGUGUGAAUGUUAGCCCCAAAGACUCCUUUAGAUGUCGCUGAACUAGUUACUAUAAAAAGUGUUUCACUUUCAAACUCCCACCUUUCAAGAACAGAGAAACUCAACACAAAGGUAAUUGAAGUAUGUAUAGAUGGGAGAGAACUUGUCUUAGUCUUCUAUUCUGAAUGCCAGACCCGGGAGUUUAAUAGAAAGGCUUUGAAAGGACCUCUGGAAACUUGGGAAGGUGGUAGCUAGGAGUUUUUAUUAUUAUUUAUUCACAUUUGGAGAUGUCUGUUGUAAGGAAGAAGUUGUUAACGUAGGAGUAGGACUUUUGCCCUAGGGAAUUCUGAGUCUAUAGCACAAAUGAUAAACCCAAAAUAUUUGUGUUAAAUUAGCUGUUCAUAACCAUAAAGCCGGUCAUUGCAAUUCUGCAGGGAUGAGGAGAAUGGCAUUUAGGGAUUCUUAGGUUAUUGUCUAAGUUAUCAACAUGUUGAAUUGUGCAUUCUUCAAAUUUGCUACUUUAUAAAUUUUUCAGAAUUGCUUUUACACUCUGCACUAUGUGUUUUCCUUAAUUACCUGCUAACAUUUACUCUGUCAGAAGUUCUGUAGUCAUAAUUAACUUACAAAGUUCAAACUUUCAGUGCCACUUAACGUUCCUGGGGAAAGGCCAGCGGGUCGUUUCCACAGGAAUUUUUAUUUGCACCGCAGGUCAGAAUUGCAGGCACAGAUCUUUUCAGCUUCCCUGGAACCUGGGCUCCCAGUGACACAGUGCUGGAGCAGAUGGAUAAUGGAGACUGGGGCUAUAUGAUGACUGACCCAGUCACGUUAAAUGUAGGUGGACACUUGUAUACAACGUCUCUCACCACAUUGACUCGUUAUCCAGAUUCCAUGCUUGGAGCUAUGUUUGGGGGGGACUUCCCCACAGCUCGAGACCCUCAAGGCAAUUACUUCAUCGAUCGAGAUGGACCUCUUUUCCGAUAUGUCCUCAACUUCUUAAGAACUUCAGAGUUGACCUUACCCCUGGAUUUUAAGGAAUUUGAUCUGCUUCGAAAGGAAGCAGAUUUUUAUCAGAUUGAGCCCUUGAUUCAGUGUCUCAAUGACCCUAAGCCUUUGUAUCCUAUGGAUACUUUUGAAGAAGUUGUGGAGUUAUCCAGUACCCGGAAGCUUUCGAAGUACUCUAAUCCCGUGGCUGUCAUCAUAACUCAGUUAACCAUCACCACCAAGGUCCACUCCUUACUAGAAGGCAUCUCAAACUAUUUUACCAAGUGGAACAAGCACAUGAUGGACACCAGAGACUGCCAGGUGUCCUUUACUUUUGGACCCUGUGAUUACCACCAGGAAGUUUCUCUCCGAGUGCACCUGAUGGAAUACAUCACAAAGCAAGGUUUCACGAUUCGCAACACCCGCGUGCAUCACAUGAGUGAGCGGGCCAAUGAGAACACAGUGGAGCACAAUUGGACUUUCUGUAGACUGGCCCGGAAGACAGAUGACUGAGCUCCAGCCCUGGGAGAAGCUCCUGGAAACGGACUUUCUAGGAGAUGGAAGAGACUGAUUUUUUUUUUUUUUUUUUUAGUAUUUGUAUUUAUUUGAAGCAUUGAGGACCAGGAAGGAAGUUUUGUGCUUUAGCAGAUGCCUCCGUGUUUGGUCCUCCACCCUGAGUAUGCAUGUACCUGUUCAGUCUCCAGAUACCUUUUUUAUAAAAAGAAGUAUGAAAAUCAUUAUGGUAUAUAAUCUGCCCUUUAACAGAGCUUUUUUUAUUACAGUGCUAAAAUGAUUUCUGAUUAAAUGGUCCCUAACGCAACUAGAGGGUUAAAAAUGGAGCAAGGAAAGGAUAAGCAGAG